CUUCCUUUUCUUGGAAGUGCCUCUAUUCGGUUACGAGGCCCAAAUGAAGGUUGACAAAAUGGCGGACAGUAUAAGGUUGAUCCGAAAUUUGCUAAAGGAGCUCAGAAUACUCGGAAACCAAGCCUCUGGAGGUCAUCUGCCGAUGUCAUGGAGAAUUUCACCUGCUUACGAGACACUGACCAAAACUGUGAAUUGCUUGAGACAUGAAUCAGAUAAAGAAGUCAUUAAAAAGAACAUGUUUGAGGGUGAACUUUAUUUGAAUUACAUUCAAUCAACAAGGAAGGAACAGGAGUUACAAAACUUUUACAAAGGAGCAGGAGAAAGUUCAAUAGCAGAUAUUGCUGCACGGGUUGGACUCAAGUUACCUGAGCAAUAUAUGGAUGGAAAAAAGGAUACAUGAUCAGAAUUAUGAAGAAGUCAAAUCCUGUUGGCUUUGAUUGAAAAUAGAUUCAAAAGAAUACAAGUUGAUACUGUGCAAUGCUCAUGCUGUUGGCGAAGUACAAAUUGUUAUUAAAGCUUUUGUAACAGAAAGAAUGAGGAUGCCAUGUGUGCCAAACAGACAAAUUUUAAUACUAUGAUAAAAUUAUCUUGAAGUGAUGUUGUUCUUUCCAUGAUUUCCGUGUUAGUAAUUUAAAGUAAUGACCAUGGAAUUAAUGAUGCAGCGCUUAGCCAAUGUAACAUCUGUUUCAAAGAUAAAUUGCAUUUUGCAAAGAAAACAAGGAUCUUACAUUCUUACACACGUG